CGGUCUUAUUCUCUUGUGCCAUUACAACAGAGUUUCCCUUGUCCAUCUUGUGGAGUCAAUUUAAUCUGCCUGGCACUGAAAUACCGGUCCUCCAGUCCAGUUGUUCCCUUUCCUUGUUGAACCCCAAUCCCUGAAUGAGGGUUCAAGGAGGGGUCCUGAUUUCACCAUGGCUUAUUCGUCUGCUGAGUCCCGCAGAGAGAUGACAAAUGGGGCCCAUCCUAACACCCAUCCAGGAGGUCCAGGAACCUCCACAUUGCCACGAUAUUUGCACAAAAAGCAACAGCGGCAGAAGGGAAUGAGAUCUUCCUCCCCAAUGGGUAGAGUCAUCCUCAUCAAUGCACCUGUGGAUGGUGGGGAUGACAGUGAAGACAUCCACACAAUAACUGUGGACAAGAGUGAGGAUGGGAGGCUGGGCUUCAGCGUGCGUGGUGGCUCAGAGCAUGGCCUUGGCAUCUUUGUUAGCAAAGUGGAGGACAAUAGUUCUGCAGAAUUUGCAGGGUUGUCUGUUGGGGACAAGCUGGUGGAGGUGAAUGGGAUCAGCCUGGAAAGUAUCACCAUGAGUAGUGCUGUGAAGGUUUUAACAGGCAGCAACCGCCUGCGCAUGGUGGUUAGGCGUAUCGGGAAGGUGCCUGGAAUCCGCUAUUCCAAAGAGAAGACCACAUGGGUGGAUCUAAUCCACCGGAGGAUGGUGGUAGAAGAGAAUGGUCGCACCCCUUCCGAGGUCAGCUCAGAUGGAGCUUUGCGGCGGAUAGUGCACCUCUACACCACCUCAGAUGAUUACUGCCUGGGCUUUAACAUCCGUGGUGGCAAAGAGUUUGGCCUCGGCAUCUAUGUGUCAAAGCUGGACCCUGGUGGCUUGGCAGAGCAAAACGGUAUUAAAAUGGGAGACCAGAUUCUGGCAGCAAAUGGAGUGAGUUUUGAAGAUAUUACACACAGCAAUGCUGUGGAAGUCCUGAAGAGCCACACUCAUGUCAUGCUCACCAUUAAGGAGGCUGGGAGAUAUCCUGCAUAUAAGGAGAUGGUGGCAGAGUACAGCUGGCUCAAUAAAUUGGCUAACGGGGGCCAGCCAGCCUCCUCUCAAGGUUCAGACUCCUACUCGUCCACCUCCUCUCUGUCUUCUGGGACACCAGUCAGCUCCCUCAGUGGCCUGUCUCAGGUCAUGUUCCCCCCUCCAUUUAGUUCAGAGAUGGUGGAUGUGUGCAUCUCUACUGAGGAUGGCUCAUCGCGCAGGCACAGCUCUGAUCGCACUGAGACAGCCAUCCAGACCGACCCCUUGGAUCCUGACUCAUCACCACAACCCGCCAGGGUCAUCUCCAUGGACACCAGCCGUAUGGUUGGUGAGACUGUUCUUUUGAAGGACACAGUGAUCAGGAGUGGCAGUUUUGAUAAGAGUCUUGAAGCAGAAAAAAGGACAUUUUCUGCAGGAGAUAAGGAAAUCCUUGACUCUCCAAAAACUGCAGUGCUAAUGGCUCUCAGUAAACCUCGCAAACCCAUCCGCCGAUCCCAGAGUCAUAUCACUGUCUCAGAGGACAAGCAGCAGAAGAAGAAACAGCAGCAGGCAGUGAAGGCCGAGGCUUCUGGAAGCACCCUGCAACGCUCCAAAACUUUUGUCAGUCUGUUGUUCAAAACUGGUCGAAGAAGAGACAGAUCUGCCUCUAGAGACAGGAAGGAUAUGGGGACAGGACAGCGGCAUCGAGCACGUUCCAAGUCACCAGCGGGUAAAGAACGCGGUCGGUCCAUCAUUAAUCUUCUGAGUUCUCCGCUGGAGACGCGUGCUGGAGUGUGGGAGCCUGAAGCCAUGCCCAGCCCCGAGACCAUGGCCAUGGUAGAGAGCAUGGCACGCAAAUUGCUGAGUGAGGAUGAGGUGGCUGCAGUAAUGAGACACUGCAAUAGGUUUUUGGCUGAGCGGGUGGUGGAAGACUUGGUACGCCCCCUGCUGGCUAUCCUCGACAGACCUGAAAAGUUGCUGUUGCUGAGGGAGAUCAGAAUGAUCAUCCCCCCAACAGACUUGGGUCGGUUUGACAGCAUGGUAAUGCCUUUUGAACUGGAGGCCUAUGACAUUUUAAAGAGCCGCUCUGUGCGCUCCCCGAUUCUACGUUCUGCUUGGCAUGGUGGCGCGCCACGCCGCCAACUCAUAACACCCAUCCCAGACUAUAGGGGAGGCUUCCAGCUGCAGGCUGUGCAGGAUUUGGAGCGAGAUCGACAGCUGAUGCAGGAGCUGGAGCGGCUCAGAUUGGCCGGCCUCCCUACUGGCAAGCUCCCUCCUCCCCGAGUCUUCACACCUUUGUUGGACAUACCUGUGGAUAGCUACAUUUCUGGCUCCAUUCGCCAGCACUCCUUAAGCCCACCUCGCCCCAAACAGCUGCUUGACGAGUCCCCUCACAGCACAGAGUGGCGUGGACGUUCCCCUAAAAGACAAGAACAUGAUUUGCCCCAAAUGGCAAGCCAUGGUAAUACCACUCCAGAACGGGGAAGAUCACUAUACAGGAAUGGUCAUGGCAAAGCUACAAGGGCCAGAUCUGGCAAUGGAAGAGAGGUUAAGUACACAGUAAUGAGUGCCCACAGGAGGAGUAGAACACCACUAACACAGGUAUUUGGGCCAGACAUGUCACAAAACCAGAUGGAAAGGGAGCAGACAAAUGGACAUGCUGGUUCCUCAGAGAACAGCCAAGACAGCCUAUCAGUGCAGGAGUGUGAGCUGACCACCGUGUUCAUCUCUAAGUGCAAACAGUCUCUGGGUAUAAGUAUCUCAGGCGGCAUUGAGUCCAAGGUUCAGCCAGUGGUGAAGAUUGAGAAGAUAUUUCCAGGAGGAGCUGCCUCCACCAGUGGCGUGCUGAAGGCCGGAUUCGAGCUUGUGUCAAUUGAUGGAGAAUCACUCCAGGGAGUCACACACCAGCAUGCCGUGGACGCCAUAAGGAAGGCUUUCAGCAACAAGGCCAAAGAACCCAUGGAGUUUGUUGUCAAAAUCCCGAAGAACUUGAAAGACUAAAGCAAAAUCUGCUGUACUGUUCUGUACUACAGAGAUUUACAUCCAGAGUUCAGUUCACACUGUAUCGAAAACAGAACAGAAAACCUGAAACACCACAUCUUACGAUAACAAGGGAAGCUCCAU